AUGAAGUUCUCCUCAGUUAUUAUCAGCAUCAUCUCCCUGACGGUGGGAACGGCCAUCGCCAACCCGGCUAGGCUUGAGAACCGACAGAAAGCCCCAGGAGUUGGCGACCCAAAUGCUCACGUCCGGCUCGGCGUCCGGACGUUGAACGUCACCAGCGGCACGGGCUCCAUGCUCAAGCUCACGAAGCUCGACAUCGUCAUGCCCCGUGGCCGACCCGCGCGGUCUGUGGCCGUGGCGACGACGACCGAGUGCGCUAGUCUCCGCAUCACGCCGCAGAGCUGUGCUGGGAGGUCGGCUGUGGGGUCGUGGGUUGUUGUUGGGGGUUGGUGGGGUUCUCUGCGCCAUGUUGUCGUUGGUGUCAUUGGUUUCGAGGAGGAAGAGGAAGAGGAGGAGGAGAGAUAUCGCGGUGUCGUGUGUAUUGUUCGGUGGUGCUCGGAGGUCGGUGGGUUUAGGUCGACGGGCCCUGGGAUGCUUGACGAACGUUCAUUCUGA